AUUGAUUAAAAAACAACAAAUUUACCUCUUAAGUCAAUAAAUAAAAAAUGUCUUCGAAUAUUUUCGUUUCUUUAGUUAUUUUAUCAGUAAUUUUUGGCGCGCAAUCUUUGCCAACAUCAAUAAAUCCUCGAAUCGUUCACGGAAGUCAAGCUCGCUUAGGACAAUUUCCUCAUCAAGUUGCGUUGCUGAAUCGUAAAAUGAAUUCAUUUUCAUUAUGCGGAGGUUCAAUUAUUUCGACGGAUUUUGUACUUACAGCAGCUCAUUGUGUUAGAAAUAUAAUUCACACGACAAUUUCCUUCGGGACAAUUAAUCGUAACUCUCCGAUGCUUCAAAUGAUUGCUCAUAAACACAUCAUUCACGAGAAUUACAAUCCAACAAAUCUAAAUAAUGACAUUGCUUUAUGGAAAUUACCUCAGAAACUUAUUUUCAAUGAAUUUAUCAAACCAAUCUCGCUUCCAAAUGACUUUUCUGACACUUUUGAGAACUCGAAUGCUAUUGUAAGUGGUUUUGGGAGAACAGAAGGCUCAACUUCAUCUUCGCAAGUGCUUCGAUAUGCUUUUGUGAAAGUAAUUUCCAAUGAGGAUUGCGUGAAAAACUUUGGAGGUCAUGUUGUUACGGCGGGAACGAUUUGUUCAAUUGGCGCGAAUUCUCUUGAAGGGCCUUGUAAUGGAGAUUCAGGAGGUCCUUUAAUGAUAAAUAACAAAAAUGAUGUUUUAAUUGGCGUUGCUUCGUUCGUUUCUGCCCAAGGAUGCGCUGCGGGAAGACCUGCGGGGUUUGUUAGAGUUUCCAAAUAUCUGGAAUGGAUUGAAAUAAAAAUGAAAAAAAUUUAG